UCAGUCUUUUGCCUCAUUUUCAACGGCCAAAGUCGUCGUGUCGUCGAACGUACCUAUCAACACCAACAAAGAAACAAAAUCCCCAUUUCUUCUCAAAAACGCCACACAACAACAGCAGCAAGAGCAACAAGAACGCAAGCACAGCCCAAGUGAAAAAAUAAUAAAUAAAUAUCCUAUGGACCGGACCACAGCAUUGUGAGGUUGCGUCAAUAUCUUAAAUACAAUAAUUUAUUCAUAAACAAAAAACGAAAAUAUAAAGAUAACACAAUUUAACAAAAUAAUAUACAAUCAUAAUUUUUAUUAACCUGCCGAAAAAAGAAAGAAACAAUCAACUACAACAACUUAAACAGCAGUCAUCAGUGAAUUUUUAAAUUUCUUAAGGAUUUAAAAAGAAAAAAGAAUCAAGUUUUUAUAAAUAACCCAUAGCAAAAACAGCAAAAAAGCGCAAAAUCCCUAUAUCGACGUAUAGCGGCAAAUUUGAUGUCUUUAAAAAGAUUAUUUUAUUGCUGAAACCCUACUGGUGCCCCCAGCCCGACGGAUAACUCGAAUCAGUUGGAGGCAUAUUUCACGGAUAAUAGCCGAUUUCAACCUCAACCCUCAACAACAAAGAGAGCGAAAGACAAUCAACACACACACACACACAAACAAAAUGACGAGUUCAACAACGACAAGACGAUCUUAUACAUGGUCAUUGGCAUUAUGCAGCAUUUUGCUGGCAUCUGUGGCCAGGGCCACACCCGAUUUCACAGCCACAUCCUCUGCACCCAGCAGCAGCAGCACAGACCAUUUUAAGGCUGAUCAAAACUAUCUCUGCCCCGAAGACUGCCACUGUGUCUUGGCCCACAAUACACACAAACCCUUUCUGCAUGCCAAAUGUUCCUCGCUCAAGGGUCUGAGAUCAGAUCUGCCACUAACCGCCACGCUGCCCGUACAUUCCAUUGAUUUGUCGUUCCUCAAUCUGACUCGCCUCUCACACUCCUUGGAAAAGCUACACGAUCUGACCUCUAUCGAUUUGUCCCACAAUGAUCUGCACGAAAUUGGACAUUUGGGUCGCCGCAUCAAGAAACUCAACCUGAAGCACAAUCGCAUUACCUCCGCCAAGUUGGCCAAGAUGCCACAGCAUUUGCAGACGCUGAACCUUCAACACAAUGACAUUACCAACUUGCCACGGGAGUUGACCCAUCUGAGCCAUUUACAAACCCUGGAACUUAGCCAUAAUCCCAUAAACUGUUCCUGUGAAACAUUGGAGGUGCGCAAUUGGCUGCAGGAACGUCAUGUCUUUAUGGAACAUCCAGUGACCUGUGCCUAUCCCCCACUUUACAAAAACAAACCCUGGUUACAGGUCAAACAAUCGGUGGUGUGUGAGCAGGAGAAGAAGGGCUGGCUGCCCGAGGAGGAGGAAAAUGAAUUGAUGAUGGGCGAUCAACCCAUUGAGGGUUCCGGCGAUGAUUUUGGUGAGGAAGAAGAAUUGGGCAAGGACUACAUGCCGUUGGAAUCGAAAACCACCACACCCAAAAAUCCCCACAUAAGUCUCUUCGAUGAACUUGAGGGCUCCGGAGAUUUGAGUGAAGUAGCCGUACCCUUGGAUAUGUUAAUGGCCUCGACCACCGAACAGCCUCAUGAACACGAAGAACAGGAGGCCACCACAGAUUUCCCCGAGGAAGAAGAGGAGGAGGAAGAUGGCUCUGGCAGUGGUGGUGGUAUUCUCUUCAUACCCCAUCUGCCCAAGGAACGCGUUAUCACCGAUGAUUUUGAAAUGCCUGAAUCCGAGGACAAAGAUGAAGAAGAUGAAGACAAUCAACCCAUUGAGGAACCAAUCAUUACUCCAGAUAUCUUCAAGGAGCACUUGGGCAUCUUUGAUGGCGAUGAGCAUAGGCCAUCAACAACCGAGGCUCCGGUGUCCGUCGAAAAGGAGCAAACCGAAGAGGAGGUGGUCAAGGCUGAACAUGUACCCUCAUUGGCUGCCGAUCUGCCCGCUCAAGACAUCAAACCCAGCACCGAAGGUCCCGAAGCUGAUGUUGCCCAGGCCAAGAUGGGCGAACCGGACGACAGCAAGGCCACCUAUUUGUUGUGGGGAGUUAUUACUUUCAUUGUUGUUGCUCUCAUUCUGUAUGUGGCCAUUAAACAGUGCAAGAACCGCAGUCGCAACCGCAACGAUGCCGAAAAUCCUCAAACCGAAUUGGUGGCCAUGGACAAGAAACAGCUGGGCAAACCAUUGCGCAAUGGUGUGCCCGAGCAUGUGCCAUUGAUUGGUGAGAAAACCAAAUCGGACAUGGCCAAGCCCAUCAACGGUUCCAAGCCCUAUGACAAUGGUGAUGUCAAAGACGGUCCUGGUCAGCAACAGCCUUUGCUAAAUGGCAACGGCGCCUCAGAUGCACCAGCCUCCGAAGAGCCUGUCUCAAGGCCAGAUUCCCAGUUGCAGGCACCCCAUGAAUACUAUCCCAUUUCACCACGUUAUCCCACACCACAAUCGCCUCGGGCCUCCAAAUACAAUCAGCAAAAUGCCGAGCCCAACAACAACGAUCCCGAUGCCUAUUUACCCUCCUCACCCAAAUCAGGCCGUUACUCACCAGUAUAUUCACCCGUAACGGGACGCGUCAAGAUCAAGUUGGGCGAAACACCCAGACCCAAAACACCCAUGUUGGUGACACGCAGCCGUUCCAAUGCUGGCGAUAUCAUUACCACACCUCUAAGACCUGCCAAUCAACCAGCAUUGCAAAGUUUCCAAACACCCGAACCAGUGCACACGGCUGCGACAAAUGGUCAUGCUGGAGCAGAACAUCACUGAUGAUUAAAUAAGACACUAACUUAAAAGAAAACUAUAUCCCCGCAACCCUGUAAAACACCACCGAAGCAGAGGUAGAGAAAGAGAUGGAGAUCAACCAACAAAAUUUCCAUAACGGCAACUGGACCUGCUACCUAUUCUACACCUUCUCACUCUCUCUCACACCAAACUUUCUCAGUUUCUUCUACGAUGUACUAACUUUGCAUGGAUUUAUGAGAAUAAGAAAAAAAAAAAGCUGUCAUCUAUCAAAAGGAAAGCUUUAAGAAAUCUUAACCCUUUAUGUAUAGUGAUGGGUGCUUUAAAGACCCCUCCGCUUCGUUGUUCCUGACUUAAAAAGGAAGAUUUUUUUUUAGUUUUUUCUUUAUUAUUAUUAUUUUUUUUUUUUUUGUUUUUGUCGUUUUUUUAUUAUUAAUUUUUGUGAUGAUUUAUAUUAAGAUAAAAACAAAACAACUACAACAAAAACAUAAUAUUUUUUGUAUUUAUUCUUUAUAUUUAAGUACAUAAAAUAAAAAUCAUUUUUUUCUAGAAAACAAAAAACAAAAAUAUUUUUUUAGUUUUUUCUUAAGUCUUGAAAACAAAAGGGGUGGAAUUGAAAGUCUAAAACUAGUUAUGAACUAAGAACAGUAACCCAGAACAGUUUUGUAAGCCAAAAUAUUAUUAUUUUCACCAGGAUAUUCCAGUGUUGUGGAAUUUUCAAUGUUUCGAUUUUUCCGUGAAGAUAAGGGCCUAAUUCUUUCUCAAAAUGGCAAAGUAACAAUACGACCCUACCGAUCAACUAACACAACAGUAACGAAAGUGUGCCAAACUAAUCACAGUGCCUUAACCUCAAAAAAAGUAGAUCAAUUCACAUCUAACACACACUUCCAUGGAAAUCUGCACAUUUUGACAAUCAAUGUAAAUUCUAAAAGAACAAAUCAAAUUUGUAACUACAUUAAAUGUCACGCACAUAAAUCUAAACAAAACAAAUUAAUAGAAAUUAUUUAACAAUUAACUAAACAACAAAGAGAAAAAAAUAUAGUUCCCUAAAUAUCAAUGUAAAUUUUUGUUUAUAAGUCAAGAUUUGUGAUAGGAAACUAAUAAUGGAAAUAACUUGUAAUUAUUAAAAUUAACAAAACAAAAAGCUAAACUAUUAGAUUUAAGUAAAAAC